AUGGAAGUUGGCUACAGUCUUGAAGUUGAUGUCAAUGGAGAAGAAAUUUUCAUAGUGGACAAGGAACUUCUUUCAUCUUUCUCAGGUAGACUCAGCAAAUUAUUUGGUAAUUUGACUGGUAGUUCAAGAAAACUGAAAGUAAUAUUUGACAGCUUUCCAGGAGGUGCACAUGGUUUUGAGCUCAUGGCAAGGUUUUGCUACAACAAUGGCACCAUUGAGAUAACUCCUUCUAACGUUGUCCUGGUAAACCAUGCUGCUCAUUACAUGGAGAUGGGCAAUAAUAGCCUAGUAAAGCUUAACUUGGUUGAUCAGACUGAGAAAUUUCUUGAAGGGAUCAAGUACUGGACUUGGUCUGAGCUACUGCAAGCCCUAAAACAGUGCCAAGAUUUACUUCCUACUACAAAUUCUUCACUUUUGCUUGAGAAAGUCUUGGAUUGCCUUGUAGGAAAGCUUAAUUUGCCUACUACGGCAAGCCCAUUUACUUGUUCUUCAAACAAUUCCAGUUUUCAAUUCUCCUGUGAUACCACCAGCACCUGUAGUAUGAGAAACAACUGGUCUCAAACAACUUGGUGGUUUGAAGAUCUUUUGGUUUUGAAUGCCAAUUCAUUUGACAAGGUGAUGAGGAUGAUGAUGUCCCAGAAACUAGACCAUGCUACCAUUUUUAGGUUCGUAGUCUUUCGCCUAAAAUCUAGAUAUCUCAAUGUCACACCAGCUGAGAAGUGCAAAAUCACAGAGGUUGCGAUCAAUCUGCUUUCAUUGCUUGAUAGGAGCUCUCUUUCUUGCAAAGGCUUAUUUGAUGUUCUACUGGUAGUCUCAAGGUUGAAAAGUAUAAGCAAGUUUUAUAAACUAAAGCUGGAGCAUCUGAUAGGUUCAAUGCUAGAUCAAACAACUUUGGAUCAUCUACUUGUUCCAUCUCCACACAGGAACUAUCACGUAUAUGAUGUGAAUUUGAUUUUGAGGCUUGUAAAAGCGUUUCUACUUGAACGUUCAACAAUAUCUCGAAAUCAAUUGAGGAAGGUUGCUAGCUUGGUGGACUCAUACCUUCUAGAAGUGGCUCCAGAUUUCCUUCUGAAACCUUCCAAGUUUGCAGCAUUAGUUAUGGUUCUGCCAGAUUCUGCUAGAGAAUCCAGUGACAGACUCUACCACUCCAUUGACAUGUAUCUUCAGGUCCAUGAUCAAUUAUUUGAAGAGGAAAAGAUGAGACUAUGUUCUGUAGUCAACCGUUAUAAGCUCUCGGCCAAAGCUUUGGAACAUCUUGCUCAAAACUCAGACUUUCCAUCAAGAACAGCACUCGAAAGUUUCCUUGCUCAGAAAUCCAAGCUCAAUAGCUCAAUCCCUAAUCAUUUAUCUUAUCUCAAAGUCGUACGUCGAUCGACGUUUCAUACCGAUGCCAAGGAAGAGCAAGAGGACAUUGAACAAAUCCUUACUUUUGCAAGGCGGCAUGGACAUUCAAAUGAGAUUGACAAUCUUGAAACAGAAUUGCAGGGAAUGCAGAAAAGGGUGACAGAAUUGAAGAAAGUCUGUACAAUGAUGCAUUCGGAGAUGACAACUGUGACGAAACCAAGAUUGCAUGGCCCUGGAAAGGCUAGAUCAUUGCCAAAACUCUGUUCGUGA